AUGGCAUUGAUGCAGGAUGUGUGGCUUGGUGAUGUCUCUUUGCAACAUAAGUUUCCAAACCUUUUUUCAGUGUCUAGACAUAAAGACAAGACAAUUAAAGAGAUUUUUGUGGAAGAAGAUAAUAGCUGGAAUCUAGCUGUGCCUAGAAGAAUGAAUUCAAUCACAAGAUGUGAGCUUGUUAAUCUGCAAAAUCUUUUGAAUGCAGUUGUCAUUAAUUCAGAUGUUGAAGAUGAGAUUCUUUGGUCUUUGAACAAGAAAGGUCAUUUUUCAGUAAAAUCCACUUAUGAAUUGCUGGUUAGUGAUGAUGUUAGUCAUGCUCAGAUGCAGCUGGCAAAUGGGAAGAGAAGAAGGAACACAGUGCACAAAUUAGUAGUAAGUGGAGAAGACAACUUCAACCAAGUAGAGAUCAAAAAUGAGUUCACAAAAUUCUUCUCAAAUUUAUUUAAAGAAAAGUUUGAAUGGAGAUCUCAACUAGACUCUACUGAUUUUCCUAAAAUCUCCACAACUGAGAAGGAAUGGAUGAAAAAGCCAAUAGAAGAAGAAGAAAUUCGGAGCACUAUUAAAAGUUGUGGUAACAACAAAUCUCCAGGGCCAGAUGGGUACCCAAUGGAGUUCUUCAAAGUGGCAUGGCCAACACUGAAAGAAGAUAUCAUGGCAGUGGUUAAAGAGUUCAAGACAGUAAUACCUAAGCUGAUAUCAGAGCACCAUGGUGCCUUUAUAAAAGGUCAGCAAAUUCAGGAUGUCAUUCUAGUGGAAAGUGAAUUGUUGGAUGCAAUACUCAAAUCCAAAAUCCCAGGCAUCUUAUGCAAACUUGACAUUAAAAAAAACUUUGAUAAUAUAAAUUGGCAUUGCUUGGAUUCACUCUCGGAAGGUUCUGGUUUUGGGGGAAAAUGGAGAAAAUGGAUCUACUGGUGUUUAUCAUCUUCCCAAUCUUCCAUACUCAUUAACGGAAGUGCCACAUCAAAGUUCAAGCACCAGAAAGGGUUGAAACAAGAUGCCAAAGAGGAGAUAGCUGAAAAGUUACUGCUCAUUCUUCAAGUUUAUGAAGCCAUCACAUGGUUAAGGGUAAAUCUGGAGAAAAACACUGUGAUCAGCAUAGUAUGGGAUUCCAUUAUUGACAAAUUUCAAAAGAAGCUGGCAAAAUGGAGGAGGAGGUUUUUAUCCAAAAAUCAAAGAAUUAUCUUAAUCCACAGUGCAUUGGCAAGCCUUCCAGUGUAUUUCAUGUCUUUACUACAAAUUCCAGUGGUAGUAGAGAAGAAAAUGAUGAAAAUAAUGAGGGAUUUUAUGUGGAUGCUAGCUCAGAAAGGAAAAAAUAAUAAUUGGGUGGCUUGGGAUAGAGUAAAAAAACCUAAGAAACUAGGUGGGCUGGGGAUCAGACAUCUUAAAUCCACAAAUAAAGCAUUACUAUCCAAGUGGAGCUGGAGAUAUGCAAAAGAAAAAGAAGCACUUUGGAGAAGAGUAAUUCAACUGAAGUCUAAGUCUGAUACUGAAGAUUUGCGUCCUUUAGAAUCCAAACUUCCUCAUGGAAGAGGUAUGUGGAAAGGAAUGCAACAAGGAAGGAAUGUAAUGCAAACAAACUCAAAAUUCUCUAUUGGUGAUGGAAAUUCAAUGAAGUUCUGA